CGCAAUUCGCAAAACAAAUGACACCGCCAGAGAUCGUUUCGCCUUCGUUUAUCCUGCGAGGACACACCGCACCCGUCUUGUGCUUGGACUUGUGCUCUAAAGCGACGGCCUCCAAAGUAGCGUCGGGGGCGGAAGACGGUACAGCGAGAGUUUGGGACAUUGCUACGGCCAAAUGCGUUCGAGGCUUGAGGGGGCUUGAAGAGAAUACUGAAGUGUCAAGUGUUUGUUUUUCUGGGGACGACCUGCUGUAUGUCGCUGCUGGCCACCAGGUGCGGCUAUUUGACCUCAGAAGUCCUGGCCUUGUUUUGAACCAAUCGACUCAGAUCGGUGUUUCUGCAGAGGAUGAAAUAAAUCAUAUCGCCUUGAACGAGAAACGAACCUUUUUGGCGACAGCUGACGAUAGCGGACAUGUAACCGUGACGGAUCUACGCACAACUCGAGUAUUCAAACGCUUCCGCCAGCGUCAUGAAAACUUAGCCACAUGCGUUCGAUUUCAGCCAAACAGAUCUUGGGACGUGUGGAGUGGGGGAAUGGACAGCACGCUAAUUCACUGGGAUUUUUCGAAAGGCUGUCCUGUCGAACAAUUUCCUUUUGCUACAUCUGAACAAUCGCAAAGCGCACAAUCUGUCAACCCUCCCUUUGUGCAUUCCCUCGAGUUUUCACCUGAUGCCCGUUUACUUGCGGCCGGUCUUGGGGAUGGUUCGGUAGCACUCCUCAAUGUCAGUGGCAAGAAAAACGCCGAUGCAGAGCGAUCGACGCGGAAAGGCAGGUCGAGUUCUGCUUUGAAAGCUCGGUUAAUGGAUGGGCAUAGCUGGGCUGUUAGCGCUGUAACAUUUCCACGUUGUGAGCGGGGACCACUACUAUCGGGGGGAAUUGACGGCAAUAUUGUACUGUGGGAUAUUCCAGCAAGCGAUGGAGAAGGGGAAGGCGUCAUUAAGCGGCGCUUGCAUAUAGGACGUAAAACUAAUUGCCUAACUUCAGCAUUUUGCUCUGCUCGAGGUUCUACAGAGGCAGCAAAGGACUCAACAAACCAGGCCGACGAAUCGUUCCUAGUCUUUGGGGGAGGCACCUUGCUACCGGGACAACGCAUAACAGACACCGGAAAGCGUUCUGAAGGAGAUAUUGACGUGUUUGCAGUUUCAUGGCCUGGAUCAACGUGACUCGGGAUUUGAUGACAUUUAGUAUCAUCCAUCUGCUCUUGUAGAGUGGCAUUUUACGCAUAGCAGGAACUCGUCUGAUGCAUACCAAUGCAAGUGGCACAUGCCCUACUACUCUAGUUCUCCAGAUUGAGAGAUAGAAUCCUAGUCUAUGUACAAGUGUGCUAAAAACAAAAUCCCCUUGCCAUUGGCCUUCGCCACUCCAUAUGCCAG